UGUUUCAUGGCAGUACGUGUUCAGUCUUAGAAUGAAGGUUUGCGAUCAAGGUAGGAUCGGCAGAGCGUUCAUCAAGUGCGGAAGCAUCACAAAUAACCCGACAUUCUGUCUUCUUCUCUUACUGUUCAUCUACAUUCUGAACCAGGCUGAUAGACAAGUCUUACCGGUCCUUAUACCAGCAGGUUUAAGGUGCAGGAACACAUCUGACUACAGAGGACAGCCUGGCUGUGCCUGUAUCACGUUUACUAACCUACAGCAAGGCCUGUUGACAGGACCGGCGUUUGUCCUGACCUACACCCUGGCCGGAGUGCCGCUGUCCUGGCUGGCUGACCGCGGGUCCCGGAGGUACCUCCUGGCGGGAGGAGUCGCCGUGUGGUCCGCCAUGGUGCUCCUGUCCGCCAGCGCUACGGACUUCUCUUCACUGCUGGUGGCGCGGAUGGGGCUGGGCAUCAGCGAGGCCUCCUGCAACCCUGUGGCGUACGUCCUUCUGUCGGAGCUGUUUUCCCCGAAGUCCCGUGCGACAGUGUUUGGUGUUUACCAUCUCGGCAUAUACCUAGGGUCUGCAAUAAGCUACACGCUGGGAGGUCUGACACGGGACCUUUGCUGGCGGGAGGUAUUCCGUCUCCUCGCCUUUGCCGGUUUUACUUGUGUUCCAGCUGUGCUACUGUGGGUUCCACAACCUACAAGGAAACAACCCGUAAACACUAAGAACUCUGCAGAUACAACUCCCAUCAAUCAUAACACGAGACAACUGUUCAUGUCAGCUCCUUUCACAACACUCUGUUUGGCCGCAUCCGUUCAGAAUCUGGCAGGAUAUGCCAUAGGCGCCUGGCUGCCGACGUUCUACUCCAGGGAACACAAUCUGACACCGGCACAGUUCGGCACAGUGGUCGGAGGGACGCUGCUGGUGGGAGGAUGCGUAGGGUCGAUACUAGGGGGCGCUUUUGCUGACAGAUUGUCCAGACACUACAGCUGGUACAAGGCGUACUUCCUGGCGGGUAGUCAGCUGACGGGUGUUCCCUUCCUGAUGUUCACCCUGACAGCUGAGGACACGGGAACAUCAUUCCUGCACCUGACCUUCACAUUCUUCUGCACCUCCAUGUGGAUACCACCUGCUACAGCACUGGCGCAGGAUUUAUUCCCGGCAGAUAUGAGAGCUAGGGCGUCAGCUGUUUUCAUCGCCGUAUCAACCAUACUGGGUGGGAUCAUAGGGCCCACAUUGGUCGGUUUCCUGAUAACAGACGGUUCAGACACAGCGCCCCCUACAUCAGGACACGGCGUCAGACAUGCCCUCCUCACAGUUCUACCUCUUUGUUACAUCUCAUCAUCCUGUUUAAUUAUAUCCACCGGAGUAUUUCUUAAAUGGCAGACGGACAGGAAUGAAACUUUACAUUUGGGAACGCACCUGUUAGCAGCGACACCUACUUGUAGUGCCUAACAGUUGACGGACGUUCAUCGAAUAGUCGGUCUUGAACUAAAUACUUUGUUGAAUACAAAGACCUUUGCUAUACAGGCAGGAAAGAGUUUUUGCAAAGUUGACUAACAAAGACUUUUACCUAACAGAAAUUUGUCGAUAUGAUACCCAUAAAACCCUGUUUUUGAAUAGAAUGUAUGUAAAGCUAAGGGCACAACCCUUGUGCAAUUUGUCCGCACGUUGUUUUGGGAGAUCAUGUCCGCAACGUAUUUCUGAAAACGUGGGGAACGACUGGCAAGAGCAGGGAGGGAGUACGUCAACGCACGGCACACAAAGUUUUGCCUCCACGCAAAGUUCUACGGCGUGUCUGUGUGCUCCAAAAUCCGUCGGAUUCCCUGCGAAUUCGCACGGAGG